AUGGCACUUUCCAUUCUUUCCGCUGCUCUUCUUCUCGCCAGUAUCGUCUCCGGCAAGACGUAUGGCAAUUCUACUGAUAACCACCCCAAGAUCGAAACCUACCGAUGCACCGUCAAGGACGGUUGCCACAAGAAGACCAACUACCUUGUUCUCGAUGCGGGUAAACAUGGGAUCAAGACAUCCAGUGGCGUGAGCUGCACCACUGGCAACAACCCGCCCAACUCCACUGCAUGUACCACUCCCGAGGAAUGUGCGACCAACUGCCACAUCAGUAGUAUCGCCGACUACAGCAGCUUUGGCGUCCAUACUCAAGGCACGGACAUUCGUCUGACCAUGUUCAAUGCCACCGGUGCCGAAGUCUCUCCCCGCAUUUACCUGUUGGAGAAGAACAAGCAGCGUUACGAGAUGCUCAAGCUCACGGGAUCCGAGUUCACCUUCGACGUCGACAUGGUUAACUUGCCCUGCGGCAUGAACAGUGCGUUGUACCUGUCCGAGAUGCUUCCGGACGGUGGCAAGAACGCAAGCAUUUACAACAAGGACGGUGCCGCGAAGGGCACUGGCUACUGUGAUGCCCAGUGCUACAAGACUUCCUUCAUCAAUGGAGUUGGCAACUUUGACCAGAAGGGCGCUUGCUGCAGUGAGAUGGACAUCUGGGAAGCCAACUCCCGCACCAACCAACUCGCUCCUCACCCGUGCAGCCAGCCCGGCCUCUACAAGUGCACUGGCGACGAGUGCGGGCAGGCUGGUGUCUGCGACAAGAAUGGCUGUGCGUGGAACCCCUACAAAGUGAACGCGACCGACUACUACGGCCGAGGCAAAGACUUCAAGGUCGACACCACCCGCAAGUUCAGCGUCGUCACGCAGUUCCCUGCCCAGAACGGCAAGGUCAAGGAGAUCCGUCGCUUGUACAUCCAGGACGGCAAGGUCAUCCAGAACAACGUCGUCAACAUUGAGGGGCCCCCAAAGAUCAACUACAUCGACGACGAGUUCUGCCAAGCCACGGGCGCAUCCGACUUCAUGCGUUUGGGUGGCGUGGAAGGCAUGGGCGGCGCCUUGUCUCGUGGUAUGGUUCUGGCCAUGAGCUUGUGGUGGGACAAGUCGGGCUUCAUGGAGUGGCUUGACCAGGGCAACAGUGGGCCUUGCAAUGCCACGGAGGGUAACCCGAGUGUCAUCACAACGAUCGUGGCCAACCCCGAGGUCACCUUUAGCAAUAUCCGCUUUGGAGAGUUGAACUCUACGUUGAAUUUGAAAGGUCUAGGCUGUUAA